AGAUCAUGUGAGAGUCCACGCUUGGAGAAAGUAGGUUAGCAGGGUAGACUGAGAGGAGAACAGGCGGAGAGUCACAGCACUGAGGGGGGUCUGGGCACCGCUAGACUUACCGUGGGACUAUUCUGUCAAAAAGUUCAGCCGAACCCGUUCACCAGUGUACCGAGCCGGUUACCAUGCAAUUCAAGGCGUCUUUUUUAAUUCUUUUAUUUCGCUUGGAGUUCACCGAGCGAUAAAGGAGAAGAGUUUAGAGGUAGUUUUUUCCCCUUUUUUUUGGUCGUGCUUUACGAGUGCGGUCUGCAGCCGGGACCAAGUUAAUAUUCCAGAGCUUGUUGACUCUGGCUCCUGCGCUUUUAUUCUCCUCAUCCUGUCAUCUACAUUAAACACAUGUAGCCCAGUUUUCAUCGUCUACAAAGAAAAGCAAGUCAAAAUGCGAGCUCAGAUUGAGGUCAUCCCCUGUAAGAUCUGUGGGGACAAGUCCUCAGGAAUCCACUAUGGAGUCAUCACCUGCGAAGGCUGCAAGGGUUUCUUCCGUCGCAGCCAGCAGAACAAUGCCAUGUACUCUUGUUCCCGCCAGAGGAACUGUCUGAUCGACCGAACUAACCGCAACCGAUGCCAGCACUGCCGCCUACAGAAAUGUCUGGCUUUGGGCAUGAGCCGAGAUGCUGUGAAGUUUGGCCGUAUGUCGAAGAAGCAGCGUGAUAGCCUCUACGCUGAAGUGCAAAAGCACCAGAAGUCUCAGGAGUGUGUGGGCUCUGGAGGUGGAGGCUCUACUGCUCUGUCUUUACCCAGGGAGGAUGGUGUCUGUGGUAGCGGUGGGGAGGACGGCGAGGAAGGUCUGAGCCGGUCCUACAGCACCGGGGGCUCCAGCUCCACCCUCAGCGACCUAGAUGAUAUCGCAGCACUGCCUGACCUGUUUGACCUGCCACUGACCCCUGAGGAGGCCAGCGAGUACUGCAGCCUGGAGCUGCUCGGCGGAGGUGGAGGAGCCAGCACAGGGAACACCUCCAACUCAUCAUCCUCUUCUUCUUCCUCGUCAUCCUUGUCUAAUCAGAAUUCCCCGCAGCAGACUAUACUGGAUGGAGCAGACGGCAAUGGGAUCCAGCUCCUGCAUACACACUCACACACACUGCUGGGACACACUUCACUGCUGGACCAUCUGCCUGAUGACUCCUCAAUAACAGACCUUGAGCGUAUCACUCAGAGUAUUGUCAAGUCUCAUUUGGAGACGUGUCAGUACAGCGCUGAGGACAUGAAGAGAUUCACCUGGGUACAAUACACACCUGAGGAAACACGUGCUUUUCAGAACAAGUCAGCUGAGUGGAUGUGGCAGCAGUGCGCACACCACAUCACCAAUGCCAUCCAGUACGUGGUGGAAUUUGCCAAACGCAUCGCUGGAUUUAUGGACCUGUGUCAGAAUGACCAGAUCAUUUUGCUGAAAGCAGGUUGUCUGGAGGUGCUGCUGAUACGUAUGUGCCGAGCUUUUAAUGUCAACAACAGCACGAUUUUCUUCAAUGGAAAGUUUGCCCCAGCACAAUUCUUCAAAGCACUUGGUUGUGAUGAUCUUGUGAGUGCAGUGUUUGACCUGGGUAAAGGACUCUGCCGUCUCCAGCUGUCUGAUGAAGAGAUGGCUCUGUUCAGUGCGGCGGUCCUCUUAUCUCCUGAUCGACCCUGGCUAACAGAAGGCCAGAAGGUUCAGAAACUCCAAGAGAAAGUCUACCUUGCUCUUCAGCACAGUCUAAAUAAGAGCGGUGCUUCUGACGAGAAACUGGACAAGAUGGUGUCCAAGCUGCCUAUAAUGAAGUCUAUCUGUAACCUCCACAUUGAUAAACUGGAGUUUUUCCGUCUGGUCCACCCAGAGACCGCCUACAGUUUCCCGCCUCUUUACCGGGAAGUGUUUGGCAGUGAGAUGUCUUUGCCGGACUCUACCGACAGCUAAACAAACAGCAAGACAGGCAGAGAGUUCGGAAAGAGGGUGUUAAAAGGUAGGGAAGAAAAAGGUGAGAUAGAGAAGGAAAGAGAUAUGGAAGCGUAACAACCAGCAGUUCAGAGACAAUCCAGGACUUUAGAUAUUCCUUCUCCCAUGAUCCCAAAGUAGACCUUCACUUUCCCAGCAGGCAAAGCACCUUACACUACAGACCACACAUACUCAUGGUCCUUUGCAUAUUGUAGCAUUAAUAACAACAAGCUGACGGGCAUCCAAAUAAUAACACAACAGCCCUCUUUGCAUGAUACAGCUCUAAGCUCUAACACUUGUUUUAACAUCUGAUCCGCUUCGGAUCACCCAAACAAUUGAAUGUACCUCAUCCAGAAGCACCAGUGCACAAGCCAGAACACAAAAACAGUGAAUGUACAAACCCUGUCACUCUGCAACAGAGUCUCAAGUAAACCUUUAGUAUUAAAAAUGAGUUUUGUUAAUCAGCAUUUGUCAAUAUUAGCACAGUUCAGUCAAUAGUUUUCUCUAUUAAUGGAUCUUAGUAUGGCAUCCAAGCUCAUACAGACAAUAUUCUUCUUCUGACCAUCACUUAGGGACCAACACUGAGUCACUGUCUUUGAUGUAAAAAGAAACACGCAGGUAUGAUGUGACUCACAGCUCAGGCUGACCUCCCUAAUCAGCUUAAACCAGUCUCACACAUUUAGACAGUGUUCGGUGCUGCCUUUUGUAGGCUCUUGUAAUGCAAUGAGAAACCUCAGUCCCACACACCCCUUCCCUUGUAAAUGCCACUUAGAGACAGGAUAAGAUGAAAUUAACUUUAAUUUAUAUACACAUUUAUAAACAAAUAUUUUAAAUAAGAAUGUAAAUAGAUGACUAUAUAAGUAUAUGGAGAGAGUUAGUGAUUUCAGAUCACGGUGGAAGAGAGAGAAAAGUGGAUAGCAAGAUGCAGAGAAAACAAGAUGGAUACAUCAGGAAAGCUGAUACAUGGACUCAAAACUUUUUAUGGACUAUUUUCCUCUCGACAGUACUCUCAGGUUUUUAAUGGCAACGUACCCCCUUGUCUCAACGAUGACUCAUCUGGGUUAGGCGCAUGCAAGCGCUGGGGUGAACACUUGUUGCACGUGCAACACAGCACUGGGGGGGCAGUGUACACAACCUAAGGCACAGAAUCCAUUGAUUUUUGCAUUAAACUGAGAUUCUGUGCUGUUGCUGCUCCCCUGCCUAAAGAGACAAGAGGACAAACGGGACACUACAGAAACGAGAAAGUAAGACGAAUGAUGACUCCAUGAACUGUAUGGAAAAAAGUGGGGGCGCACAGUCUCCCACCUGUUUCUAACCAGCACUCAGUGUAGUAGGUGUAGUAUACCUGUCUUUCACUCAUAAUGUUUCCGUUGGUUAAAAGCCAGGACAGGACAUGUAUCAUAAACCCUCCUUGCUGGUUGGAGCAAGUGUAUUAUUUUGUACAUUGCGGUUCCUCUCUCCUUUAGCCCCACACCUACCACAUGCCCAAAUACAAAGCACUUAUACUUUUCCUCUUUGUCAAUGGACACAAAACCUGACAGAGCUACCAGCUGCCCCCUGAGUUGGGCUUCAAUGCCAGUAAGACUUAUUUUGGUAAAUCUGUUUGUUUUUUCUUUUCUGUUCUGUAUCUGUCAGUCAACCAUAACUGUUUACAUCUAUUAUGUACAUAAUUACACACUCUCUGGAGGCUUUCUGAAUAGCAUUGAGAUGAUAUUGUCUUAUCUGGAGUGCUGUGAAGUUGUCGAGCAGAGUCUGAAGACCUGCUGCCUGCCACUCAGGGAGCUAGCUGUGAUCUCUUGUCCCUUUACCAGUGUCGUCCUUUAGACUUGUAAUCCUCACACCUUUGCACCUAAGAUGAGACCCAUAACCAUAAUCACUGUGGACGUAAACUCUAUUUUUGUGAAUGUUACUCACAAAGUGUCAAAGCCCUUCCUGUUUGUCCUAAUAUUGUAAAUUAAAUUUACGAGGAAUAGGAGUUAAAAAAAAAAAAUCAGUUAGAGUUAAAGAUGAAUUUCAUUAUUGGGGUUUAAUGUUUCUUUUUGCUGUGAUUUUCAUUUAUUUGUCAGUCUUAUAUCCACAUUUUUCUUUGUGUCUCCACUUCUGUCUUGUAAAGUCAGUGAUCUAUUUUUUUUUAAUUGAAGAAAGAUUAGGAAAAGUGCAAACAAAAACAAAUAGUUUGUCUCCCUUCUCUUUCCCUGUAUGACGAAAUGUACAAGAGGUAUAUUACUAGUCCAAGAGUAACUGAGUCACACAGCUCGAUAUAUAUUGUCGUCCAAUGGGAUACAUUAUAUGUGGUUUUAAGAAUGUAAUAAAUGGUUUCUUUUUCUUUUGAAA